CGGGCGGCGGGCGGCCGCCAUCUUCUCUGCGCGGCCGGCGGGAGCGCUGCCUCUGCCCCCUCCUCCGCUCCCUCCUCCUCCUUCUCCCUCCUCCCACUACGCUCCGCCGUCGCCGCCGGUCAGGAACGGGGCGACCGGGAUAGCGAAGGCCGCAGAGAAGGCGGGGGACGGGGGAGCAGCCCCGCGGGGGCGGGCGGGCCGCGGGGCGCCAGCCCGGGGGGUUCGUGCGGCCCCUCCGCUCGCCCUGCCGGCCGGCCGGGCCCCGCUCCCCAUGGGAUAAGCUGUAAACAUGUUCAGCUUUGAAGGCGAUUUCAAAACAAGGCCCAAGGUGUCCCUCGGAGGAGCGAGCAGGAAGGAAGAAAAGGCUUCUCUCCUUCAUCGAACUCAGGAAGAAAGGAGAAAACGAGAGGAAGAAAGGCGGAGGCUGAAAAAUGCAAUAAUAAUCCAGUCAUUUGUAAGAGGGUACAGAGACAGAAAACAUCAGUACUCUAUCCAAAGAAGUGAAUUUGAUCGCUGUGCUAAUUUGGCUCAGUCUGGAGGAGCCUUUUCCACUGCUAAUGGAGCGAAUUUGACUCUCUUAGUUCGCCAGUUACUCUUUUUCUACAGACAGAAUGAGGAUUCAAAGCGUUUGGUAUGGAUGUGUCAGAAUUUAAUUAAACAGAGUUCUCAGUUUGUUAAGCAAUUGGAUGGUCCAGACAGACUUACUUGCUUAUUCCAAAUAAAAAGACUGUUGGGGCUGUGUUGCAGGCUACUGCAAAAUUGCAAUGAUGACAGUCUGAAUGUUGCACUUCCUAUGAGAAUGCUUGAGGUAUUUUCAUCUGAGAAUACGUAUUUGCCUGUUUUACAAGAUGUCAGCUAUGUGACAUCAUUAAUUGAACAAAUUUUGCACUACAUGGUUCAAAAAGGCUACUACAAGUCGCUUUAUUUGUUAAUUAACAAUAAGCUUCCCUCCAGUAUUGAGUAUUCUGAUGUUUCUCGUGUCCCUAUUGCAAAAAUACUUCUGGAGAAUGUUCUGAAGCCAUUGCACUUUACAUAUAGCUCCUGUCCAGAAGGUGCAAGGCAGCAGAUUUUUGCAGCCUUCACAGAGGAGUUUCUGGCAGCACCUUUUACAGAUCAGAUAUUCCAUUUCAUCAUUCCAGCGCUUGCUGAUGUGCAGACCAUUUUCCCUUAUGAACUCUUUCUGAAUGCACUAUUAUUAGCAGAAGGUGGAUGUUCAAGAAGAAGUGAUCAAGCCCCAUGGCUUUUCUACUUUGUGUUAACAGUUGGAGAAACAUAUUUGGGAUCCCUUUCAGAGGAAGGACUUCUUGUGUAUUUGAGGGUACUCCAAACUUUUCUCUCUCAGCUGCCUGUGUCUGCUGCUGGUACAAAUUGUCAAGACGCAAACAGUGAUUCUGAAGAUGAGGAUGAAGAGAUCAGUAAAAUGACAACUACACCUGGUGAUGGGAGAAUAUCAGUCCAGUACAUAACUGAGGAGUGCCUCAAGAAAUUGGACACAAAGCAGCAGACAAACACUCUACUGAAUAUGGUUUGGAGAGAUUCAGCCAGUGAAGAGGUCUUUACCUUGAUGGCAUCAAUUUGCCACACACUGAUGGUACAACACCGAAUGAUGGUGCCAAAAGUCAGGCUUCUUUAUAGUUUAGCCUUCAAUGCCAGAUUCCUGAGGCAUCUUUGGUAUUUGAUAUCUUCAAUGACUACACGGAUGAUUACAGGGUCUAUGGUGCCACUCCUUCAAGUGAUUUCAAGAGGCUCUCCCAUGUCUUUAGAGGACUCCAGCCGAAUUAUCCCUCUCUUCUACCUUUUCAGUUCUUUGUUUAGUCACUCACUUAUUUCUAUUCAUGAUAAUGAAUUCUUUGGUGACCCAAUAGAAGUUGUAGGUCAAAGACAAUCAUCAAUGAUGCCUUUUACACUAGAAGAGCUUGUAAUACUCUCCCGCUGCCUUCGAGACGCGUGUCUAGGAAUCAUAAAGUUGGCUUACCCAGAAACCAAGCCAGAGGUUCGUGAGGAAUAUAUUGCAGCGUUUCGGAGUGUUGGAGUAACAAAAAACACAGAAAUGCAGCAAUGUAUACAGACAGAACAGAAAAGGUGGAUUCAGUUAUUCAAGGUCAUCACAAACUUAGUGAAAAUGUUGAAAUCUAGGGAUACAAGGAGAAAUUUCUGUCCACCAAAUCACUGGCUCUCAGAACAAGAAAACAUUAAAGCAGAUAAGGUCACACAGCUGUAUGUGCCAUCAGCCAGACACGUCUGGAGAGUCAGGAGGAUGGGGAGAAUAGGACCACUGCAGUCCACUUUGGAUGUGGGUUUGGAACCAGCACCUCUUUCUGUAUCUGAAGAGCGACAACUUGCAAUUCUGACAGAGCUACCUUUUGUAGUUCCUUUUGAAGAAAGAGUAAAGAUUUUUCAAAGACUGAUCUAUGCUGAUAAACAAGAAGUUCAAGGAGAUGGGCCAUUCUUGGAUGGAAUUAAUGUCACUAUCAGAAGAAAUUAUAUUUAUGAAGAUGCUUAUGAUAAACUUUCUCCUGAGAAUGAACCUGACCUAAAAAAGCGCAUUCGUGUUCACUUGCUUAAUGCCCACGGUCUUGAUGAAGCUGGUAUUGAUGGUGGUGGAAUUUUCAGAGAAUUUCUGAAUGAACUCCUCAAAUCAGGAUUUAACCCUAACCAGGGGUUUUUUAAGACCACCAAUGAAGGACUGCUUUACCCUAACCCUGCUGCACAGAUGCUGGUUGGAGACUCAUAUGCCCGACAUUACUACUUCCUUGGGAGAAUGCUUGGAAAGGCUCUUUAUGAAAAUAUGCUGGUGGAGCUGCCCUUUGCUAGUUUUUUCCUCUCAAAAUUAUUAGGAACAAGUGCUGAUGUUGACAUUCAUCAUUUAGCUUCACUAGACCCUGAAAUGUACAAAAAUUUGCUUUUUCUGAAGAGCUAUGAAGGGGAUGUGGAAGAACUUGGACUAAACUUCACCGUGGUAAAUAAUGACCUUGGGGAAGCGCAGGUGGUUGAGCUGAAGCCGGGUGGAAAGGACAUUCCCGUCACCAGCGCCAACCGGAUCGCGUACAUCCACCUGGUGGCGGACUACAGGCUGAACAAACAGAUCCGGCAGCACUGCCUGGCCUUCCGCCAGGGGCUGGCCAACGUGGUGAACCUCGAGUGGCUCCGCAUGUUUGAUCAGCAGGAAAUACAGGUUCUGACUUCUGGUGCACAAGUUCCUAUUAGUUUGGAUGACCUCAAAUCUUUCACAAACUAUUCAGGUGGCUACACAGCAGACCAUCCUGUAAUUAAAAUAUUUUGGAGGGUUGUAGAAAGCUUCACUGAUGAAGAGAAACGCAAACUACUCAAAUUUGUAACGAGCUGUUCUCGACCACCUCUUCUGGGGUUUAAGGAGUUAUAUCCUGCAUUUUGCAUUCACAACGGAGGAUCUGAUUUAGACAGGCUGCCUACUGCCAGUACCUGCAUGAACUUGCUGAAGCUUCCUGAGUUUUAUGACGAGAACCUGAUGCGAAGCAAGCUCCUCUACGCCAUUGAAUGUGCUGCUGGAUUUGAACUCAGCUGAGUCCAACCCAUGCUUGUGUGGAUGACCUGCAGAAGAAAGAACCAGUGCCUACUCUAUAAGCAGCACCCCUACCCAAGCAGUUUUAAGGGAAUUCUGUCUACAUUUCUGCAGCUCUUGUGUCUUACCAAAUGCCCUCAAAUAGGUUUCAUUUCUAAACACGAUUUCUUAGAUAGCUUCCAUUACUGAAUAUUGCGUUGACACUGCUUUAUGACUCAAAACAAUGAAUGCUGUGUGCAGCGUGGCUGAUUUCUGUGUUUGUGUGAAGAAAGAGCACAUUUAAAGAACAGUGACAUCUCAGUGAAAUUAACCAAAGAUGAAGCUUUGGCUUUGUGCUGUUCAAACAUAAAUAAUUUUGCAAACUGGCAAUAAAGUUGUGUACUGUGCGGUGCGUUGGGAUGAGACAGGGCUAACAUCAUGUAAUGAAUCUUAUAGAAGGAAGGCAAGCAGAUGUUUGCAGAUAUCCCAGAACUGAGAGGAUGGGAAUGCUCGUUUCUGACAAGCUAACAUUGUAAGUUAUAUUGUAGAGUUGUUUACAAAUCAUAGAGAGAUGGGCAAUCACCAACCAUAUGAAAUUCAGCCAGGGCAAGUGCUGGGUUCUGCACCUGGGACAGGGUAGGCCUGGCUGUGUGGACAGACUGGGGAAUGAGAGGCUGGAGAGCAGCUGUGGAAAAGGACCUGGGCGUCCUGGUUGAUGGCAUGUUGAACACGAGUCAGCAGUGCCCUGGCAGCCAGGAGGGCCAGCCCUGUCCUGGGGGCAUCAGGCACAGCAUGGCCAGCUGGGCAAGGGAGGGGAUUGUUCCCUCUGCUGUGCACUGGGGCAGCCUCACCUCGAGUGCUGGGGACAGUUUUUGGUGCCACAAUAUAAAGAAGACACUGAGCUAUUAGAGAGCAUCGAGAGGAGGCCAUGAGGGUGGUGAAAGGCCUGGAGGGGAAGCUGUGUGAGGAAUGUCUGAGGUCCCUUGGUCUGUUCAGCCUGGACGAGACUGAGGGGAGAUCUCACUGCAGUUACAAUUCCUCGUGAAGGGAAGAGGAGAGGCAGGCACUGAUCUGUGCUCUGUGGUGACAGUGAUGAGACCUGAGGAAACAGCAUGGAACUGGACUGGGGAAGGUUCAGUUUGGGUAUCAUGAAAUGGUUUCUCACCCAGAGGGUGGCUGGGCUCUGGAACAGGCUCCCCAGGACUGCUCACAGCCCUGAGUCUGCCAGAGUUCAAGAAGUGCUUGAACAAUGCUCCCAGAUGCUUGUUGUGACUCUUGGGGUGUCCUGUGCAGGACCAGGAAUUGGACUGGAUGGAUGAUCCUGAUUGACCCCUUCCAACUCAGCAUAGUCCAUGAUUCUAUGACAGUUGUUGCAGAACUGAUUUUGUUUCAAACUAUCUUCCCUCAAGAUGGUAGACACUGAGAUGAAAUGGGUGUAAUAUUCCAUUUGUGCUUUCUGAAACACUUUGAAGAAAACGGAUUUGCAUUAAGUUCAACCUUUGCUGCAUCAUUGUUAAUUGGACACUGUUCUGAAUGGAUGUGACUUUCCAGGUUUUCUCUGUCCUGUUUCUGUCUUUUGUGCCUGUACAGGUUUGUUGGUUGGUUGGUUGGUUUUAAAUGAAUCAGUCUCCUAUUGCAUACAGUACAUAUAGAAAUCACCACUUUGGAAAAAUAUACAUGUAAUAAUUAUUAAAGUUAUUUGAACCAAAGUUAUCAGGCUUUAUCUUUUAUAUUUGAAGCCUGUGGUGUUCACAUUCCUUUUCCCUAUCAUUUCUUUCCAUCUUAAAUGCCAUAUCUGUGCCGUAGACACUAAACAAAUUAACUUUUUUUUGUGAUUAAACAGCUUUUAUAUCCAUUUCCCUGCAGUAUUUCUGCUGAGAAAAGUAAGUGGGAAUAUGCUGCUUAAUGUAAUUUGAUAUCUGGGGAGAAAAUUGCUCUCAUGGAAGGAGCUGAUCCUCUAAUAGUAGGCACAUCUUAGGGUUUCGUAUGCAAACUCCAGUGAGUUUAGAAAAGGAAUUAUAGUUCAGACUGUAAGAUUCAUCAGUUCAUCCCUCUGAACUUUACUUUUAUAUUUUAAAUCAUGAAAAAUUACAAUCAAAUUUGUAUUCAUCUCUUAUGCAAAAAAAAAUUUUGCUGUUACUGGAAACUGUGCUGGAUUUCCUAUUUAAUAAGCAGUAACCAGCAAUAUCCUUUUAAAUGUGGGGAAACUGAGUGGUUUUAAGAUGUUUACUAGUAACCAUAUAAAAAUGUAUAAUUUCUUAAUUUGGGUAAUAAAUGAAGUGUUAAAAUACUAUUUGUAGUCUUGAUGUACAGAAAUAAAAUGAUUGGUUUUCUUU